AUCUCAAUUUCCUUUCUGCUGAUACAGUGACAGGCAAGAAGUAACUUUGGAAUUGUUUGCAAAAGGGUUAGGUGAUUCUAUUGCAUUAACUGGAGGUGUAUUUUAGUAGAGCGUUCAUCUCUUUGGAGACAAUCAUGACGCUCACAAAUAAGAUGGAUAUUGAUGAGAAGAAUGCCAAAGGAGAGGGUUUCAAACAAUAUUAUAUUACAAAAAUUGAAGAAUUGCAAUUGAUUGUUGCUGAAAAAAGUCAAAAUUUAAGAAGAUUGCAGGCACAGCGUAAUGAACUUAAUGCCAAAGUACGUCUGUUGCGAGAGGAGUUGCAACUUUUACAAGAGCAAGGUUCCUAUGUAGGCGAAGUAGUUAAACCUAUGGAUAAGAAAAAAGUUCUGGUCAAAGUACAUCCUGAAGGCAAAUUUGUGGUAGAUAUAGACAAGAAUAUCGACAUCAAUGACGUGACACCAAAUUCACGUGUGGCUUUGCGCAAUGAGAGUUACACUCUGCACAAAAUAUUGCCAAAUAAAGUUGAUCCGCUUGUCUCUCUCAUGAUGGUCGAGAAAGUGCCAGAUUCUACAUACGAAAUGGUCGGAGGUUUGGAUAAACAGAUAAAGGAAAUAAAAGAAGUUAUAGAGUUGCCGGUCAAACAUCCGGAAUUAUUUGAUGCUCUUGGAAUUGCGCAACCUAAAGGUGUACUGUUAUACGGUCCACCAGGUACUGGAAAAACUUUACUUGCAAGAGCAGUUGCACACCACACAGAGUGCACCUUUAUUCGUGUAUCUGGAUCUGAAUUAGUUCAGAAAUUUAUUGGAGAAGGUUCGCGUAUGGUUCGCGAACUUUUUGUGAUGGCGAGAGAACACGCGCCAUCAAUAAUAUUUAUGGACGAGAUUGAUUCCAUUGGAAGUUCUCGAAUUGAAUCUGGAUCUGGUGGUGAUAGCGAAGUUCAACGAACCAUGUUAGAACUGCUGAAUCAAUUGGACGGUUUUGAAGCAACAAAAAAUAUCAAAGUUAUCAUGGCUACAAACAGAAUUGAUAUCUUAGAUCCGGCGUUAUUACGUCCCGGACGUAUCGAUCGCAAAAUCGAAUUUCCGCCUCCAAACGAGGAAGCUAGGUUGGAUAUCCUGAAGAUACAUUCGAGGAAAAUGAAUUUGACACGUGGGAUAAAUUUGAGAAAAAUUGCUGAGCUUAUGCCUGGUGCAUCGGGAGCCGAAGUGAAGGGUGUUUGUACGGAAGCUGGAAUGUAUGCUCUUAGAGAACGUCGUGUUCAUGUAACUCAGGAAGACUUUGAGAUGGCUGUAGCGAAGGUGAUGCAAAAAGAUUCCGAGAAAAAUAUGUCCAUUAAAAAGUUAUGGAAGUAAUCAGUUUUACUCUGAUUGUUU